AGCCCAAGGGCAGCCUCCUUCAGGCAGUCAGGCACUAGCCCCCAACUCCCGAAGGCCCCUACAGGCAGAGAGGGUGUGGGCAUCUCACACCCCAGCACCAGACUACAGAACUAUGAGCCAGGACACCAAAGUGAAGACAACAGAGUCCAGUCCCCCAGCCCCAUCCAAGACCAGGAAGUCGCUGCCUGUCCUGAACCCAUCUGGGGAUUACUACUACUGGUGGCUGAACACAAUGGUCUUCCCAGUCAUGUAUAACCUCAUCAUCCUCGUAUGCAGAGCCUGCUUCCCCGACUUGCAGCACGGUUAUCUGGUGGCUUGGUUGGUGCUGGACUACACGAGUGACCUGCUGUACCUACUAGACAUUGUGGUGCGCUUCCACACAGGAUUCUUGGAACAGGGCAUCCUGGUGGUGGACAAGGGUAGGAUCUCCAGUCGCUACGUUCGCACCUGGAGUUUCUUGUUGGACCUGGCUUCCCUGAUGCCCACAGACGUGGUCUACCUGCGGCUGGGCCCGCAUGCACCCACCCUGAGGCUGAACCGCUUUCUCCGCGCGCCCCGCCUCUUCGAGGCCUUCGACCGCACGGAGACCCGCACAGCUUACCCAAAUGCCUUUCGCAUUGCCAAACUGAUGCUUUACAUUUUUGUCGUCAUCCAUUGGAACAGUUGCCUAUACUUUGCCCUAUCCCAGUAUCUGGGCUUCGGGCGUGACGCAUGGGUGUACCCGGACCCCGCACAGCCUGGCUUUGAGCGCCUGCGGCGCCAGUACCUAUACAGCUUUUACUUCUCCACGCUAAUCCUGACUACGGUGGGCGAUACACCGCCGCCAGCACGGGAGGAGGAGUACCUCUUCAUGGUGGGCGACUUCCUGCUGGCCGUCAUGGGUUUCGCCACCAUCAUGGGUAGCAUGAGUUCUGUCAUCUACAACAUGAACACUGCAGAUGCAGCUUUCUACCCAGAUCAUGGGCUGGUGAAGAAGUACAUGAAGCUGCAGCACGUCAACCGCAAGCUGGAGCGGCGAGUUAUUGACUGGUAUCAGCACCUGCAGAUCAACAAGAAGAUAACCAAUGAAAUAGCCAUCUUACAGCACUUGCCUGAGCGGCUGCGGGCAGAAGUGGCUGUGUCUGUGCACCUGUCUACUCUGAGCCAGGUGCAGAUCUUUCAGAACUGUGAGGCCAGCCUGCUGGAGGAGCUGGUGCUGAAGCUGCAGCCCCAGACCUACUCACCAGGUGAGUAUGUAUGCCGCAAAGGGGACAUUGGCCGAGAGAUGUACAUCAUCCGAGAGGGUCAACUGGCCGUGGUGGCAGAUGAUGGUAUCACACAGUAUGCUGUGCUCGGUGCAGGGCUCUACUUUGGGGAGAUCAGCAUCAUCAACAUCAAAGGGAACAUGUCUGGGAACCGCCGCACAGCCAACAUCAAGAGCAUAGGUUAUUCAGACCUAUUCUGUCUGAGCAAGGAGGACCUGCAGGAGGUGCUGAGCGAGUACCCACAGGCACAGACCGUCAUGGAAGAGAAGGGACGUGAGAUCCUGCUGAAAAUGAACAAGUUGGACAUGAAUGCUGAGGCAGCUGAGAUCGCCCUGCAGGAGGCUACAGAGUCCCGGCUACGAGGCCUAGACCAGCAGCUGGAUGAUCUACAGACGAAGUUUGCUCGCCUCCUGGCUGAGCUGGAGUCCAGCGCACUUAAGAUUGCUUACCGCGUUGAGCGGCUGGAGUGGCAGACUCGAGAGUGGCCGAUGCCUGAGGACCUGGCUGGGGCUGAUGACGAGGGCGAGCCUGGGGAGGGAACUUCCAAAGAUGAAGAGGGCAGGGCCACGCAGGAGGGACCCCCAGGUCCAGAGUGACCCCAUACCUAUCCCCAGCAUUCCCACCUCCUAGUGAAUCCAGAGUUGUAGUAAAGCCUAACUGCUGCAA